UAUGUCCCUUUUUCCCCAACAAAACUCUAAAUCAUCUUAGAUUUCAUCAGAAAUUGAUCAGAAAAUCUUUUAUAAAAAAUUCAAGAAAAACCCAUUACUUAUCUUGUUGUCCCCAUUUCAUCCCAUUAAUUUCAGACAAAAAACGAAAUUAAUUUUUUUAUAUUUUUUACAGCUAAGAAUCUUGUUACCAAAAAAUCAGACAAAUGGAGAAAAACCAGGUUCAAAGUACCCAUUAAAUGGUUCAAAGUACCCAACAAGAAAACACUAUCAAAUCUUAUAUUCUUUUCUUCUUUUUCAGAACCCAUCUUGAAAAUUUAUACCCAUUAAUGAAAAACAGGAUAAAUAAUGUCUAUUUUGGUACUAGGGUUUGUUUUUUGAUGGGGUAAACCUAAAAAAACAAAAAAAAUUGAUCACAUAUUAAUUAUAGUUCAUCUUGAUGAGACAAUGCAUGCAUGUUAGUAUUAAAAUAUUUCAAUUAUAAAACAAAGUGUAUAUAUACAUAUACAUAUAUUGUUUUAUAACAAUUGAGUAAAAAAAAUUCAGCUAUUAUUUCAGUUGAAGUAAGUACUGCUUUCUUGUUCUCCAAAAAUUUUGGGUUCGAUUUUCGGUUUAAUUUUUUUUAGCCCUUUUCUUCCGUCAGCCUAAAUAUAAUGGUGUUUUCUUGUUUGAAGCCAUUUUGGGAAGGUUAUAAUGUGGAUAAUGAGAAAAGAGAUUCAAAAGGGAAAGUGAAAGGUUUAAUGUGGUAUAAAGAUUUAGGAGAACAUAUAUAUGGGGAAUUUUCAAUGGCAGUUAUGCAAGCAAAUGAAGUAGUAGAAGAUAGGAGCCAAGUAGAAUCAGGCCCUUUUAGUUCUCUAAGUGAUGGCCCCACUGGCACUUUUUUUGGUAUCUAUGAUGGUCAUGGAGGUCCUCAAGCUGCUUGUUUUGUCAAUAAUAAUCUUUUUCAAAUUUUUAAAAAUUACGUACAAGAGCAAGAAGUAACAGAAGAAGUAAUAAAGAAAGCAUAUUUGGCAACAGAUGAGGAGUUUCUAAAAAUAGUAAAGAAAGAAUGGAUAGAAAAGCCACAUUUAGCAUCACAAGGAACAUGUUGUUUGGUUGGAAUAAUAUGUAAUGAAAAAUUAUAUGUGGCAAAUGCUGGAGAUUCAAGGGUUGUAUUGGGAAGAUUAGAUAAUAAAAUAUGUUCAACAAAAGGGUUGAGAGCCAUGCAAUUAUCUACUGAUCAUAAUGCCAAAAUGGAAACUGAAAGAGAAGAACUUCAAUCUUUGCAUCCUCAUGAUCCUGAUAUUGUUGUUCUUAAGCAUAAAGCUUGGCGUGUCAAAGGCAUUAUUCAGGUAACAAGAUCAAUAGGUGAUGUAUACUUGAAAAGUUCAGAGUUUAGCAGAGAGCCACUACCAGAAAAAUACAUAGUUCCAGAAGGUUUUAACAAGCCUAUUUUAAGGGCUGACCCAUCAAUAUCAAUAUUAAAACUUCAACCAGAAGAUCGUUUUCUUAUUUUUGCUUCUGAUGGUUUGUGGGAUCAUCUUAGCAACCAGGAAGCUGUUGACAUUGUCUACAAUUAUCCUCGAAACGGUAUAGCAAGGAAAUUGGUAAAAGCAGCACUACAUGAAGCAGCCAAUAAAAGAGAAAUGAGAUAUUGUGACCUAAAAAGGAUUGAAGCUGGUAUUAGAAGGCAUUUUCAUGAUGAUAUUACUGUUAUUGUUGUCUUCUUAGAUGACCUUCAAAUUAGAUCCUCUUUUCUUAAUAAUGCUGAUCAUUUCAAUUUUUCUAUCAAAGGUGGGGCUGAUCUCUUAGAUUACCACAAUAAUAUUGAUCAUUUUUAUUAAUUUAUUUAUUACUCGAUUUUUUCUUUUUUUAUUUAAUUGCCUAAUUCUCAAUUAAUAUUAAAACAUUA